GCACGGACGUUCGUCGUGCCGCCUGCUGAAACGACGUUAAGACUAUUUUUAAACUAAACGAAUUAAUUCCGUUGCGAAUCCGGUGACGAAUCGGCAGUGCGGCAGCGCGCGGCGAUCAAGCCGCUAGUGUUUACCCGAGAUCAUGUGGGUCGGCUACACGAGCGCCGCCAUGGGGGAGGAUGUGCCAGGCCCCGUGGCCGUGGUGGACUUCACGUUCGCGACAAGGGACACUCCGCCGCUGAGCGUCCCGGUCGGCCUUCCGCUCGCCUGCCCCAUCAGCGACCUGCACAGUCGCCUUGUGCACAGCCACGCGCUGCCCUGCUAUGCCGAGGACGAGCUGUGGAAGGCACUGGGGGAGUUUGUGCGCGACAAGACGCAGGAGCUGUACGACCAGAGCGGAGAGCGCGCGCUCGAGGGCAUCGCCCUCGCCUCCGACGAGGAGGUGGACGGCCUCGCGCGCGCCUGGGAGAAGGCCUUCCGCGAGACCACGGUGGAGCACGUGGGAGCUGAGGAGGCGCGUGCGGACGAGGAGUUCUCGCGGGCGUACAGCGCUCUCAUCCACUCGCCCGUGUCGCACACGCUGCUCACGUUGGAGCACCACUACUGCGUCAGCGCCGCCGAGAUGCUCGCCGAGCGGGAGAUGGCCCUGCAGCAGCUGCGCGAGAGGCAGCGCGUGGAGAUGGAGCGAGCCAUGCAGGAGCUGGGCAAGUCCCUGAGGGACGAGGAUGUCAACGUUCUGGCCGUGCAGCACUUCGAGACUCAGCAGGCGGUGGAGAGCAAGUGGAACGUGGAGCUGAAGCAGCUGAUGGAGCUGCAGAGGCUCGAGUACCGCGAUUGGGUCAUGAAGGUGCACCAGGACUCAAGUACGCCGGACGGCAAGGCCGGCGGGGACGACGUGGCGGGGCUGACGGGGCAGCCGCCCGACGCCGAGAUGGAGGAGGGAGUGGCGUACGAGGAGCACCGGCGGCUAGAGGAGAGCUUCACUAUCCACCUGGGCGCUCAGAUGAAGACGAUGCACAACCUGCGGCUGCUGCGCGCCGACGUGCUGGAGCUGUGUCGCCUGCGCGCCGGCUCGCAGGGCGACACGCGGCCCCGCCGACUGCACAUGGCGCUAUCGCUCUACUCCGCCGCGCUCUCGGGCCUCGUGCUACUCGUGGACAACCGCAUCAGCUCCUACAGCGGCAUCAAGAAAGAGUUUGCGACGGUUUGCCAACAGUCGACCGAUUUUCACUUCUUGGAACUCGAGCAGCAGAUGAACGACGUUCAGGAGGUGGUGUUGGCCGUCAACACGUUUCACGGCAAGGAUAAGAAGGGCACAGAGUCCUUUGCCCGGAACGGAGGCGCGGACGACAAGAAAAACUCGGAGAAGAAUCCACAAAACAUCUCGCCAGGGGAGUUCUACAUCACGCGGCACUCCAACCUCGCCGAGGUGCAGGUGGUCUUCCACCUGUGCGUUGACGACGGCGCUCGCUGCGGCGCCAUCACGGCCCGGGACCCGGCCAUCAUGGGCCUGCGCAACAUCCUCAAGGUCUGCUGCCACAACGACAUCACCAACAUCACCCUGCCCCUGCUGCUCGUCCACGAGAUGUCCGAGGAAAUGACCGUCUCGUGGUGCCUGAAGAAGGCGGAGCUGGUCUUCAAAUGUGUGAAAGGGUUCAUGAUGGAGAUGGCCUCGUGGGACGGGGGCGUCUCGCGCACGGUGCAGUUCAUCGUGCCGCAGGGCCUGUCGGAGGAGGUGUUCUUCCAGCUGAGCGCCAUGCUGCCCCAGAUCUUCCGCGUCUCCUCGGCGCUCACCCUCACCUCAUCGCGGCAGAAGUGACGGAGGGCCUCCGUCCGUCCCUCGGAUGUGUUUUCGUGGGUCAUGCCACGUGUUGUUGUUCGGCACGACGUCCGACGUUUCGCUCCACGUAGCUCGUGUGUAUGUACGUUGAAUUUCUUUCGCGCCGUACGUAGCCGACCGUUGCUGAUCAGAGGUGCGCGGGGAAGGACAACAAACUAAAACAAAUUAUGUUGAUCUUUCGCACCACCAUACGUUGCCGACUGUGGCUAAACGGAGGUGUGGGUGGAAGGACAAAAAACGAAACAAUGUAUGUUGAACUUCUUUCGUACCGUACGUAGCCAACCGUGGCUGAUCGAAGGUCUGGGGGAACGGACAACUAAACACAAAAAUACGACCUCCCUCACCUGGUAUGCAGGAGGCCGUGGACUCGAUCCCGACCCUGACGUACAUUUGGAGUUUAAUUUCGAUUUAAAGCUUUCGUGACUGCAGGGAUUCAUCUUAUUUUAUUAUGUUUUAUUAUUUUAUUACUUCCCUUCUACGUGACUUUACCGAAAGAACCAAGAACAUUUGGAGUUUGUGCAUCUCUCUGUCUGUGGUCACGUGGAUUUUUUUUCUCCGGAUCCUCCGGUUUUUCCUUUCACGUUUAGAGCCAACAUGAGUGUAGAUUAUUUGGCUGCUACCAUAAAUGUCCACGUGGUGAUUAGCCACUUCGUUGAGCUUAUCAUUCGUGGUCAAGUUGCUAGACAGCUCAAGUUGAGUUUGUAUGUAUAGUUUUCGAUUUAAAGCUUUCGUGACUGCAGGGAUUCAUCUUCUUGGUUCUUUUGGUAAAGUCACGUAGAACGGAAAUAAUAAAAUAAUAAAAAUAAAACAUAAUAAAAUACAAUUCUCACGACGUUUCGGCCACAACGCAAGCAGCCGUCCUCGGGUGAAGAACAGGGCUGUCGGAAAGACAGCGUGGCUUUACCGAAAGAACCGAGAAGAUUUGUAUGUAUAUGUAUGUUGAACUUCUUUUGCGACGUGCGUAGCCAAUUGCAGGUGUGUACCACGUGCACCGGGCGACGCAGGCGGCGUCGAUUCCUCGUGACACGCGAUAUGCCACGGGUAAUCGACCCGAAUGAAUUGGCAAACUGAAACGGAUCGAUCGACGCACGGCUACCGGCCUGUGCUGGGGAUGUGAGCGUGCGUCUGCAACGCGAGGAGCCGGUGGCGUCCUGCGGGCUGUGGGCUUGCGUCUUCCUCCUCUUCAAAGGGAGACCUCUCCGUGGCAAGCGGUAAAGCGGAAGCCAUGAUGAACCAGAACACGAGGGUUGUAUCCUCUC